AUGGCAGAGUUGUCGACGGAGAGGGACUGUCUGAUAUGGGGUGGCAGAGUAGUGAUACCAGCGUCGCUGCGUGAAAAGGUGAAGCAGGAAUUGCAUGUGGGACACGCAGGAUGUGUAAGAAUGAAGCAGUUGGCUCGACUGUAUGUAUGGUGGCCUGGGUUGGACAAAGAGCUGGAGGAGUUAGCUAGAAGUUACAUCAGGUGUACGGAGAAGCGAGCGGCCCCACCACAGUCUGCCGUGCACCACUGGGAACGCACCCGUGCACCCUGGCAGAGAGUGCACGCCGACUUUGCGGGACCGAUAGACGGAACAAUGUUACUAGUGGUGGUGGACAGUUUUUCCAAAUGGAUAGAGGCAAUCCCAAUGAAAUCAACAACAGCAGGGAGAACUAUACAUGAGUUAAGUGUACUAUUUAGCAGGUUUGGAUUGCCCCAGCAACUAUGUACAGAUAACGGGCCGCAGUUCACGUCGGAAGCAAUGGCAAGUUUCACCAGACGGCUUGGUAUUCGGCACAUCAGACUGGCACCAACACCACAAGCAAGACACCGGCGGAAAUGUUUUUGGGGCAGGAAUAUACGCUCCAAACUGGAUCUUCUACUGCCGGACAACGACACCAAGAUGGCGAGCAAACAGGAACAGCUGAUGGCAGGGAAGCCUGUACGACAAUUCCGGUCAGAUGACACAGUAACGCAGGACAGCGAUUGGCAGCCGGCAGCAGAGAGCAGCACGGGCACCACGGUGGAGGACAGCAAAGUAGUGGAGGCGCCAGCGAUACGCCAACCGGACGUGAGGACUCCAACAAAGACAGAUCACACGGGAAUGCCAGGACCUGUGAAUGAAGAUUCAGGCGAGAGAGAGCAGGCGGGACCAGCAACGGGAGGAGUAACACCAAGCCGCCAGCGAGUGUCGCCAGGUCACGAGAUGUCACCGGUCCCGGGAGGAGUGCACGGCAGAGGACAGCUAUCAGCGGAGGGUGGACAGUCGACAGGGGCAGGACAGGCAGCCGAAGGGGGAGGACCACACGAGAUGAGAAAGCGAUCGACGAGGCAGAGGAAGGAACCAGAUAGAUAUCAGGCUACAAUCAUCUUGGAGGCUGAGCGCGGUGGGCGCCGGCGACGGUCGGAGAAAGAAGAUAACCGGCGACUGGGAAGUGCGGGGUGCGUCAAGUGUGGUGUGUCUAACCUGUGUGCUGCGGGAACUUAG